AUGGCCAGAAUUUGCAAUCUCCCCUUUGCUUUUGCAAUUUUCAUUCUUCUCCAUCACCAUACUUCACAUGCUAUUGCACCUAAUAUUAGCACCGAUGAAGCUGCUCUUCUAGCACUGAAAUCACACAUUUCGUCUCACCCUAACAACAUCUUAGAAAGCAACUGGUCUUCUUCUAGCCGGGUUUGCAGUUGGAUUGGAGUCACUUGCAGCUCCCGCCACCAUCGAGUCACUGCUUUAGACAUUUCUAGCAUGCAACUUCAUGGUACCAUUCCUCCACACCUUGGAAACCUCUCAUUUCUCAUCUCCCUCAACAUCAGUAACAACACUUUCCAUGGAGAAUUUCCGGAAGAGUUGGCUCAUCUGCAGAGGUUGAAAGUGAUUGAUGUCAUAGGCAAUAACUUCACCGGAGCCAUUCCAUCAUUUUUAAGUUUGUUACCAAACCUACGUAUUAUGCACCUCUGGAACAACCAAUUUUCGGGGAAAAUUCCAUCUUCCCUCUCCAAUAUAACAAAGCUGAAAGUGUUGGGCUUGCAGAAUAAUUUUCUCGAGGGAGAGAUCCCUCGAGAAAUCAGUGAUCUUCGUUACUUGACUGUCCUAGAUCUGCAAUUUAAUCAACUUACUGGAUCUAUACCACCAUCAAUCUUCAACAUUACUACAAUGCAAAUAAUUGCUCUUACGUACAACAGGCUUACUGGAAAACUUCCAAAAACUAUAUGUGAUCAUCUUCCAGACUUGGAAGGACUUUUCCUCUCAAGAAACUCCCUAGAUGGAGUCAUUCCACCAAACCUGGAGAAAUGCAGAAAGCUUCAAGACUUGGAAUUGUCUUAUAAUGAGUUUACUGGAGCUGUACCAAGAGAGCUAGGUAAUCUUAAGAGAAUUCAGACAUUGGGAUUAGCACAGAAUGGGCUUACUGGAUCAGUCCCUGAAAGCAUUUUCAACAUGUCAGCAUUGCAGAUGCUACAGUUUGGACAAAACAAGCUUUCAGGUACUCUUCCUUCAGAUUUAGGUCGGGGAAUACCCAACCUAAAAAUAUUUCUUUGUGGAGGAAAUAAUCUGAGUGGUUUUAUAUCUGAUUCUAUCUCUAAUUCAUCGAAACUCAGAGUACUUGAACUCUCAGGAAACAGUUUCACAGGUCCAAUUCCUAAAUCACUUGGUAACUUAGAAUACCUUGAGAUUCUUAACUUGGAUUGGAAUAAUUUUGUCAGUGAUUCCACAUUGAGCUUCCUUGCAUCAUUGGCGAACUGUAGGAAUCUAAGAGAACUCUGGUUUGGUGGUAAUCCGUUGGAUGGUGUUUUGCCUGCAUCUGUUGGUAAUUUAUCCAAAUCUCUAAUUCAAUUUGGAGGACACGAUUGUAAAUUGAAGGGAGUCAUUCCCCUAGAAAUUGGUAAUCUUACUGGAUUAACAAAGAUUAGCCUUUCUAACAAUGAUUUGACGGGAUAUAUUCCACAAACUGUACAUAGCCUGUUGAGCCUUCAAGAGAUUUACCUAGAUAGCAACAAGAUAGAAAGAACCAUACCAGAUGUUAUCUGCAAUUUAAAGAACCUUGGUGCAUUAGACUUGUCAGAAAAUCAUUUUUCCGGUUCAGUGCCCUCAUGCUUAGGGACUGUUACUAGUUUGAGGUAUCUUUAUCUAAGUAACAACAAGCUGGAUUCUAGAUUACCUUCAAGCUUGAAGAGCCUUCAAGAUCUCAUAGAAUUCAAUGUUUCAUCCAAUUUAUUGAGUGGGGAAAUUCCACUGGAGAGGGGAAACUUAAAGGUUGCAACACUCAUUGAUCUCUCAAAAAAUUAUUUUUCUGGUGAGAUUCCUAGUACUCUAGGGGGUCUAGAUAAAUUGAUUAAUCUUUCUCUAGCACAUAAUAGAUUAGAGGGACCUAUUCCAGAAUCAUUUGGCACACUUGUGUCCUUGGAAUACUUGGAUUUGUCCUAUAAUAAUCUUAGUUGUGAAAUUCCAAAGUCAUUAGAAGCUCUUGUGUAUCUCAAAUACCUUAAUAUCUCUUUCAAUGAACUCAGUGGAGAAAUCCCCACUGGUGGUCCCUUUGCAAAUGUCACCAGUCAAUCUUUCUUGUCCAAUGAUGCACUUUGUGGUGACUCCCGAUUUAACAUUGAGAAACACAAAGAAGAGUGCAAGUCAAAAAGAUGUGUCUCUCAUAAAAGGGCAUGA